AUGGCAAUCGAGUACGCCAUCUCGCGACUCAGUCAAAGUCAGCAAGAGCAGUUUGUUGAUGAACACAAUAAAUUUCGGAGUCUGGUGAACCCGCCCGCCGCUAAUAUGGAGUACUUGUUUUGGAAUGAUGACUUAGGAAAUCUCGCCCAAAUGUGGGCAAACAAAUGCACAUGGGAUCACGGUUUUCUGGAAUUUGGAGAGCUGUACCCAAAUGCACCUUUUCGAGGCCAAGUUGGGCAGAAUCUUGCCCGAGAGUGGACAAAGCUUCAAAACCCUGCUGAUAGAGUAAAGCUCUGGUAUAAGGAAAGUAGUAACUACACCUUCAACAAUUUUUAUACCGCAAUGGUACCAAAUCAUUGUUCCAAACCUCCAUGCAAACGUUAUACGCAGAAUUGGUGCGUCAUGAGUUAA